UCCAGCCUGUCAGAUGCGCUGAAAAGUCACCUUUGUUCCUUUUUGGAUCCCCCUACAGGCGCGUUUGCCCCUCCGAUGCUCACCAGUGGACCGGUUCUCAUCAUGGCAAAUUUGGGUACAGAGCAUAUUUCUAUCAUAGUACGAAGUACUUCGACAUCUCAACCUGGCUUGAAACUACCCAGACCUCAUUCAAACGUAUCUUUGCACCGCACCUUUUUCUUUACCGUCAAAUUUCUCAGCUGGUGAAAGAAGGAGAGUCUGGCACAUAAACGACCCUUUAGUUUUUGGCCGCUGAGUAUCGGUUGAUGACGACUGUUGUUUCGAUGGUCUUCAUGGAAUAGGAAGCGCAAACCACUGUACAGAAUCUUUCUUGGGGGCUCUGCGUUCUUCUGUCAGCCUGGGAAAAGUUAUCGCUCGUUCUGUCACCUUACAAAUCACCAUCAUGGCUCUUUUUGUGCGGCAACACGACCACGACAUGGGGAAUAUGGACAUGGGAAGCAUGAGUGCUGGAGAUGGCGUUCCAGGGUAUUUCUACAUGCAAAAGAUGUUUUGGGUUGUCAUCGGCUCUGUCAUUGCCUUCGCCGCGCUGCUCAACCUACUCGACCACAUUCUUCUGUGGCAACGGCAGCGAAGCCUGACUGCAAGGCCAAAGUCUUUCCUAUGGACCUUUUAUGCCACAGUGACGGCAGCCACUCGCGAGAUCAAUGCCUCUUCACUCCCCACGUAUCAACUAGGUUGGCUCAAGGUCCGCUCGCCUCCCUUGGGCAAGACCAUUGUGGUGCUGUCCUAUCUCACCACGAUUUGUGUGUUCUGCUUUUACAAAUAUGACACAGAGGACCAGUGGAGUUGGGAGGACAUUGCCUACAGAUGCGGUUGUAUGGCUCAGACACAGCUUCCUCUGAUAUUCUUGCUCGCUGGCAAGCAAAACGUCAUUGGCUUCUUGUCGGGAGUGGGCUACGAGCGACUAAAUUGGUUACAUCGAUGGGUGUCACGUAUACUGUGGUUGACAGCCACUUUUCACCUUGGCUUCUGGUUUAGAAGUUGGGCGCGCUACGAUUACAUCAAGGUCAAGCUAGCCACAGACAACAUGACUCAAACAGGGUUUGCCGCUUGGUGCAUCCUGACCGCCAUUGUGGCUACCUCCUUUGCUCCUGUGAGACGAAUGAGCUACGAGGUCUUUCUGGUCUCACAUCUCAUCCUGUUCUCCGGAUUCAUUGGCUGCGUCAUGAUUCACGUCGAUUAUGGCCCGGGCUAUAUCUGGGCGUGUGUCGGGAUCUUUUUUUUCGACCGAGUUUUGCGGUUCGCCAUUACGCUCUUUGCGAACUUUUCCUUCUUCCACCGCCGAGUGCAAGGAAGAGAUUGGCUAUGGGCGAACAAAGCUACCUUGACUCCUCUAGCAGGCAAUAUCACCCGAAUCACUAUUGAUAAGCCGGUACUGAGAUGGAAACCUGGACAACAUGUCUUCCUAUCGUGCCACACCGUGGUGCCUUUGCAAAGUCAUCCCUUUAGCAUUGCGUCGAUACCAUCUGACGAGAAACUGGAGUUCCUUGUACAAGCUCGAAGCGGCGGCACUAAGCGUUUCCAUCGAUUUGCUCAGAAGAACAUAGGUCUUCCGAGUCACGACAAUUCUGCGGUUCUUGGACAAAGGCUUGUUGGAGUUGAGGGACCAUAUGGUCAAAUCAGGCCUCUGCGACAAUUUGACUCUGUUUGUUUCCUGGCUGGCAGUACUGGGUCGACCUUCACAGUUCCCCUCAUGCGAGAUAUUGUGCAAAGGUGGAAGGAUAGCGUCGCCGGAGGUUCCGCCAUCGUCAACAAAAGAAUACGAUUUGUUUGGGUGGUGAAGGCUCGAGAUCGGGUGACCUGGUUCCAAGAGCAGCUUGAAACUGCGCUGGCGGACGUGGAAGAUAUACGAAAACAUGAAGGACAUUCUGAUAAGGAGCUUGACUUGAGCAUCUACGUCACUUGCGACGAAGAACUAGAAGCAUCCAAUACUGAGAGUGCUUGCGAGCCGGCUGCACACGGAACUGCCGAGAUCGCGAUGACGAAGAUCGAUGAGCUUGAAGAUGAAAAGAAGAGAACAGACCAAAAGAUCGACGUGAGGUCAGUCGAGUCCAGUGAUAAUAGCAACGGUGGUUGCGGCCCAGACGGGACUUGCUGCUGCAGAGCCACUGUCGAUGAAGACGGCUCACCAAAGACAUGCUGCUGUUGCGCACCUUCAUCAAGUUCAGCGUCGUCCUUGUCAGUCGUUGAGAAAGGAAACGCCAAACCCACAGCGACGACGCCCCGCCUUAAGAUGGUGGCCGGCCGACCAAAGCCUAGGAGCAUUAUCCGGAAAGUACUGGAGGAAGCUGAUGGCGAGAGUGCAGUGGUCGUCUGCGGCCCUCAGGGUUUGCAGGAUGAUGUUCGACGGAGUGUCGUCGCGCUGAGUGAUGAACGUGCAGUACAUAAAGGGACCGGAGCACAGGGAAUUUAUCUUCAUGUUGAAGGCUUCUGUUACUAAGCAGCGGCAGCAUUGUUUUUUUGUGGCAUAGCGAGGAGUUGGGCGAAGGCGAGCAACGCAAAGGAUGAUACCCAUGAAUCAGUACAGCCGCACAAGGUAGCCGCGUGUUGCAUCAUAGAUAUAUUUCAAAGCUGCGUUUGAGCGAACACGGAUGUAGGAAAACAGUCCACCUCUGCAGCUGAUUUCAAAAUACCUUUGCC